AUGGCGUCCAUGUUUGAACAGCCAGGGAACGGCACUCUGUUUCUCGGUGGCCAGAAGAUUUCCGGCUCCGAUAUUCGUGAUCAAAAUGUGCUGGCCACGCAAGCCAUUGCAAAUGUUGUCAAGAGCUCCUUUGGCCCUAGCGGCCUCGACAAGAUGAUGGUCGACGACAUUGGUGACGUCACCGUCACCAACGACGGCGCCACCAUCCUCCAGCUCCUCGACGUCGAAGACCCGGCCGGCAAGAUCCUCGUCGACCUCGCUCAGCAGCAAGACAGGGAAGUCGGUGAUGGCACAACCUCAGUCGUCCUCAUCGCCGCCGAGCUCCUCCGUCGCGGCAACGAGCUCAUGAAGAACCGCAUACACCCCACCACCAUCAUUACUGGCUACCGCCUUGCUCUCCGCGAAGCCGUCAAGUACCUCCAGGACAAUAUAAGCAUCAAGGUUGAGAAUCUCGGCCGCGACUCCCUCAUCAACAUUGCCAAGACUUCCAUGUCAAGCAAAAUCAUUGGCGCCGACUCCGACUUCUUCGCCAACAUGGUUGUCGACGCCAUUACUGCCGUCAAGACAACCAACUAUAAGAAUGAAGUCAAGUACCCAGUCAAGGCCGUCAACAUCCUCAAGGCCCACGGCAAGGGCGUCCUCGAGUCCGUCCUCAUCAAGGGUUACGCCCUCAACUGUACUGUCGCCUCCCAGGCCAUGCCCACCAAUAUCCAGGACGCCAAGAUUGCUAUUUUGGACAUGAACUUGCAAAAAGAGCGCAUGAAGAUGGGUGUUCAGAUUACUGUCGACGACCCUCAGCAACUGGAGCAAAUCCGUGCUCGCGAGUCUGGCAUGGUUCUAGAGCGAGUUGACAUGAUCCUCAAGGCUGGCGCCAAUGUCAUCCUCACUACCAAGGGCAUUGACGAUCUGGUACUGAAGCUAUUUAUCGAGAGAGGCGCCAUGGGUGUCCGUCGCUGCAAAAAGGAGGAUCUGAGACGCAUCGCCAAGGCAACCGGUGGCACCUUGCUAAGCACCCUUUCCGAUCUUAACGGUGACGAGAAGUUUGACCCCUCGUACCUCGGCCAUGCCGACUCUAUCGCCCAGGAACGCAUAUCCGACGACGAGUGCAUCAUUCUUCGCGGACCCAAGAACCAUUCCGCCGCCUCAUUCAUUCUGCGCGGUCCCAACGACUACACGCUCGACGAGAUGGAGCGUUCCAUUCACGACUCUCUCUGUGCUGUGAAGCGUACUCUUGAAAGCGGCAGCAUUGUCCCCGGUGGUGGUGCGGUCGAGACCGCCCUUCACAUUUACCUGGAAGAGUUCGCUGGUACCGUCGGCUCGCGCGAGCAGCUUGCCAUUGGCGAAUUCGCCCAAUCCCUCCUAGUCAUUCCCAAGACGCUGGCCGUCAACGCUGCCAAGGAUUCCUCAGAGCUCGUUGCGCAGCUCCGCUCAAGACACGCGCUGUCCCAGCGCAUCCAGGAGGGUGAAGCCAACGAAGACGAGAAGACGGUCGCCCGCAAGAAGGGUUACAAGAACUAUGGUCUCGAUCUUACGCGCGGCAAGGUCGUAGAUGAGCUCAAGCUUGGCGUUUUGGAGCCUAGCAUGAGCAAGGUUCGCCAGCUAAAGAGUGCCGUUGAGGCAUGCAUCUCCAUCAUGCGUAUUGAUACCCUCAUCAAGUUGGACCCUGAGCCGCCCAAGGAUGAUGGCCAUGGCCACUAA